AACAUUUUAUGUUAUUUACACACAAAUAGUCACAAUUACGUCCAGAUGACUCGAAUGAAGUGUGUUGAUAGUUUUUGCAUCCUAAUUGCAAAAGUAUUGUGAACAUGAUGUAAACAAAGGUAAAAAGCCAUUAACCUUAAACGUUUUUGCUAAAUUAAUGGGUUAUAUUGAUUGAUUCGUCGAGUAACUGAACAUAUAAAAGGACUUCAAUUUCCCAGGAGUUGGUAUUCAUAAAGUUUUGACUCUUGAAAGUAUAGUUAAAAAUAAUAAUGUGGCAAAUAAUAAUAAUCGCAUGCUUAGUCAACGCUCAACUGGAGGUGCCAGAUCAAAUUAUUAAGCGGCUCAAGACCGAGUUGGAUUACGAAUCUAUGCUUGUGGUUCACAACCAUUUUGCAUCAUGUGUGAUUGAUCUUCAAAGGGACGAUACAAUGCCCAUUAUCAACUUUAAUGAGAAGCAGAACUUUUCCAUUAAGACAACAUUUAAUAGACGAUUUCUUGUCUUGGUUUGUCUGAGUACUCACAGUAUCACAGCUCUGAAUGUGCUCUCUAAAAAUCUCGAUGGAAUGCGUGACACAGCGAUCGUAUUGGUAUUAGCUCCAGAGGUUAAACUUAGUCUAAGCAAUGCUUUUAAAAAUUGCUUAUGGAACAAAAUGCUCAAUGUCAUUGCAAUUCGUAAUUGGAAGCAGGAUCAUCACGUUUAUAGCUACCGCGCAUUUCCCCAAUUCAAGGUUAUCAAGCGACACAUUUCUCAAGUGGAGCGUUUCUUUGUGCCUCAAAUGAGGAACAUGGGCGGUCAUCCCAUUAUAAGUGUACCGGAUAACAUCUUGCCACGUUCUGUCUACUACAGGGACGCGAUGGAAAAACCUCAUGUCGUUGGAUACCUUGCAUCGUUUUUGUAUAACUUUGCUAAAACCUUAAAUGCUACUGUGAGAAUCUGCUGGGAUCAUGUGCCACUCAAUAUGCCCGAGGAGAUGAUUAGUCAGGGUGUAAUCGAAUUGACCGAUGAAGGAAUGGUGGACAUUCCCCUAUGCAUUAUAAAUACUGCAAGUACAGUCGGCCAGACUAGUCUGAUCAGCAGUUAUGUGAUGGAGACAUCCACUUGGCAACUAAUAGUGCCACUUGAAGCCGAGUGUGAAAGUGAAUUCUUGAUUUUUACUGCUGCAAGCAAAGCGCAAAUGUGUAUUUCAAUACUGAUCAUGGUGCUAUUUGCGUUAUUGCUCCACAACUUCGGGCGCCUGGAACUAGGAGAGUCUGCAAAUUUGAGAUGUCUAUAUCAAUUAAUUGAUCCAGUUUUAAGGGCCGUGACUAAUCAGACCUUUGUACUACCAAGGCAGCCAUCAAGGAUGUUAAGGGGCGUUUAUUCUAUGUUGUUCUUAUUCAGCUUCUUGUCCUACAACAUUUACAUUGCUCAACUAGAGAUGAUUUUGGUGCAUCCACCCAGAGAAAAACCACUUAAGAGCUAUCAGGACUUACGCCACGUCGGCUUAAAGAUUCUCUUGACCCCGGACGACAAACAUUUGAUGCACGAUCUCUUAGGAAGCCGCCAUAUGAAUGAAUUUUGGGAUAUCUAUGAAGUUGUGAAUAGAUCGACUUUCCAGAGUCUCCGUCGGCAACCAAACAUUUCCUACGCCUAUCCCAUAACUCACACCCUAUGGCCUCUGAUCCAGCGCAAAUUCGCUAAACAACCAUAUCCGUUGUUUCGACUCUCAAAGGAAUUCACUUUUGUUUCAUUUUUGCUCUUUGGUCUGCCUUUGUCCAGGAACUCUAUCUACGAAGAACCUCUCAAUCGAUACAUCCUAAACACACACUGCAGUGGACUCUACAAUCAUUGGUUCCACCGAUGCUUUGACAAAUUGGUUGAGAUUGGCAAAAUGGAAGUGCUGCCGUAUAUCAGCAUUGAGGAAACUUUCCAUAUAUUACGCUGGGAACAUUUCAGAUAUAUUUGGGUAUUUUACUUCAUUCAUAUUAGUUUCGCAACUAUUGUAUUUGUUUUUGAAAUCGGAUUGGCCAAUUUGAUGAAUCGAUAUAUUUAUUAUAUUCCAAUAAUAUGGUGAGGUAUGCUCCCAGCUCAGCACUUUUAAUCACAUCUGACUGCAGCUUCAUUGUUCUUUGUUGUCUAGUAUUCCGAUUCACGAGCAUUCUUGUUGUUUUGGCAUUUCAUUUGAUAUGAUUUAAUGCUCCGCAAAUGGGGGAGAUAUUUUUAGAAGUAACGCAUCUCGAUGGCAACAUCUCGCUUGAUAAGCUUCUGUAUUGACCGCUGAGCGACCCUCAGGCGAUGUUACAAUCAUGAUGCAUCGUUGCUAUAACCAAAACAGCCUCAAUCAGCAGGUGUAAGUGAAAUUGCUUACACGAUAGAUUGAUAAUUAAUAGAACCCUCUGGUAGUCGAGCCUCUCUAUACCAAUCCCAAUGCCAUUCCCAAUCGAUCGAUCAAUUUAUCAGCUCAAGGUUCAAUCGAAGGUGCAAGCGGAGGUGCAAUCGGCGGUGAUGCUAG